AUGUAUAUGGCAUAUGGAUGGCCGCAGGUGAUUCCUUUAGAACAAGGACUCUGUCCUUCUUCACAGCAGCAUAUCAUUUAUUUCAAAGUCAUCAAUCGCCUUUUCCUUGUUGUCUCGCCUUCACACCUUGAGCUCUGGAGCUCUUCUCAGCAUAAAGUGAGAUUAGGCAAGUAUAAGAGGAAUGCGGAGUCGUUGGAGAGAGAAGGUGAGAAUUUACAAGCGGCGUGGAGUCCUGAUGCCAAAUUGAUCGCCAUUCUUGAGCAAUUUUGUAAGCGACAACAAACAUCUAUUACUAGGACUUUCCAAUGGAUCUUUAUACAGUAUCUCCUGGAAGGGGAGUUCUAUGGAGCUUUUGAACUUGAUCCCUGUUCACGUGACAGCAGUGAUGCCUCCGUUUCACCUCAUUCUUUAGGUAACGGUGUUGCUUCUGGAAGGGCUCCAGCAGGUUCUGUAUCUAAUCAUAAUAUCACCAGGAACACUGCUAUCGGGCAGCUGGAGCUUUGCUUGCCGAUGAGGUUGCUUUUUGUCUUAUAUGCUGAUGGACAACUAGUAUCAUGCUCUGUAAGCAAGAAAGGCUUAAAGCAAGUUGAGUAUAUCAAAGCUGAAAAAAAGUUGGGUUCUGGUGAUUCUGUAUGUAUGUCAGUAGCUUCAGAUCAACAAAUCCUUGCUGUUGGUACCAGAAGAGGGGUUGUUGAGUUAUACGACCCAGCAGAAUCUGCAUCUCUCAUUCGUUCUGUGUCUUUGUAUGACUGGGGCUAUUCAAUGGAUGAUACUGGUCCUGUCAGUUGUAUCGCAUGGACACCUGAUAAUUCUGCUUUUGCUGUUGGGUGGAAGCUAAGAGGUCUUACAGUCUGGUCGGUAUCUGGCUGUCGUUUGAUGUCAACAAUUCGUCAAAUUGGUUUAAGUUCUGCAUCUUCUCCAAAGGUUAAGCCAAACCAAGAUUGUAAAUAUGAACCAUUGAUGAAUGGCUCCUCAUUGAUGCAAUGGGAUGAAUAUGGUUAUAAGCUUUAUGUGAUUGAAGAAGAAUCUCUGGAAAGAGUUAUUGCAUUUUCAUUCGGCAAAUGCUGCCUUUCCAGAGGAGUUUCAGGAAUGACAUAUGUUCGUCAAGUUAUUUAUGGCGAAGAUCGGUUGCUUGUUGUACAGUCCGAAGAUACCAAUGAACUCAAAUUUUUACAUCUAAACCUUCCAGUUUCCUAUAUCUCCCAAAACUGGCCAGUUCAACAUGUUGCGGCUAGCAAGGAUGGAAUGCACUUAGCUGUUGCUGGCCUCCAUGGGUUGAUCUUAUAUGAUAUACGGUUGAAAAAGUGGCGAGUAUUUGGAGAUAUUACUCAAGAACAAAAGAUUCAGUGCAAAGGGUUGUUAUGGCUGGGAAAGAUUGUUGUUGUCUGCAACUACAUUGAUUCUUCUAACAUGUAUGAAUUACUUUUUUAUCCAAGAUACCACCUUGACCAGAGCUCCUUACUUUGUCGAAAGCCAUUGCUUGCUAAACCAAUGGUGAUGGAUGUCUAUCAAGACUAUAUACUUGUCACCUAUCGCCCGUUUGAUGUCCACAUAUUCCAUGUGAGAUUGCUAGGAGAACUGACUCCUUCUAGCACACCAGAUUUGCAGCUUUCUACAGUACGAGAACUUUCUAUCAUGACUGCAAAGAGCCAUCCUGCUGCAAUGCGUUUCAUCCCUGACCAGCUUCAAAGAGAGUUGGCCUCAGACAAUUAUAUUUCAUCUUCGGAUUUGUUGGACAGAGAGCCUGCAAGAUGUUUGAUACUGAGAACAAAUGGGGAACUUUCACUUUUGGAUUUGGAUGAUGGACGGGAAAGAGAGCUCACUGACUCUGUUGAAUUAUUUUGGGUUAUAUGUGGUCAAUCAGAGGAGAAGACAAGUCUAAUUGAGGAAGUCUCUUGGCUGGAUUAUGGCCACCGGGGCAUGCAGGUCUGGUAUCCGUCUCCAGGUGCUGAUCCUUUUAAGCAGGAAGACUUUUUGCAGUUGGAUCCAGAGCUGGAAUUUGAUCGUGAAGUGUAUCCUCUCGGCCUUCUUCCAAAUGCAGGCGUUGUCGUUGGUGUCUCCCAGAGAAUGUCUUUUUCAGCUUGCACUGAAUUUCCAUGUUUUGAGCCAUCUCCUCAAGCUCAAACUAUAUUACAUUGCUUACUCAGACACCUUCUUCAGGAAGUCAUCACUAUUAAAUGCCAUGAGCUGGCUGUAUGGGUCCAUCUUGUGUUUUGCCAUUGUGGUAAAAAAGGUGCUUGCCUAUAUGCAAGUCCUGUUUUGAAACAAGUCAAGGGACAAAAAAGAGGAGGCUUUACGGUUAGCACAAUUAUCAGCAGAAAAGCCUCACUUUUCCCAUUGCCUGGAGUGGCUUCUUUUACCGUAUUUGAUGCAGAAAUUUCAAGGCAAAAUGCGAACAAGAACCAGAUAUCAGUCCCCAAACAUGCCGGCAAUCGCACUCUUUUGGAGAAAACCUGUGAUUUGAUCAGAAAUUUCUCUGAGUAUCUUGAUGUAGUUGUGAGCGUUGCAAGAAAAACUGAUGGUCGACAUUGGGCAGAUUUAUUUUCUGCUGCUGGAAGAUCUACAGAUGUAGAAACAAUGAUUUCUGCCAUUUCACCCCAUCAGCCUGUGAUUGCAAAACUUGAAGGUCCUGCAGUCAGUCAAUACUGUGCUUUACGAUUAUUGCAGGCAACACUGGACGAAUCUUUAUAUGAGCUUGCUGGAGAACUGGUGCGCUUUUUGCUGAGGUCUGGAAAGGAAUAUGACCAGACAUCGAAUGAUUCAGAAAGACUAUCUCCCAGAUUUUUGGGUUAUUUUCUUUUCCGUUCCAGUUAUAAGAAGCCAUCAUUGGACAAGAGUACUUCCUUCAAAGAGCAAAGUGCUCAUGUUGCUUCUGUGAAGAAUAUUUUAGAAAGCCAUGCUAGCUAUUUGAUGUCAGGGAAAGAACUUUCCAAGCUUGUGGCUUUUGUAAAAGGCACCCAGUUUGAUUUAGUGGAAUACCUUCAACGAGAAAGAUACGGUAGUGCUCGCUUGGAGAAUUUUGCAUCAGGGCUGGAACUAAUUGGGCAGAAGCUUCAAAUGGGUACAUUGCAAAGCCGGUUGGAUGCAGAGUUUCUGUUGGCUCAUAUGUGUUCUGUCAAGUUCAAGGAAUGGAUAGUUGUUCUGGCUACACUCCUAAGACGGGCUGAGUCUCAUGAGCAUGCUAGCUCACUCUGUUCUGCUCAUCUUUCCUUCCAUCUUUUGGCGAAUCCUUUAUUUCUGCAAACUUCUUUGAAGGCUGAUUUGUUUGAUUUUUGCUUGAAGCUUAUAACUUCUCCUUUUGGGGUUGUUUGGGCUUUUGCUCAACCUGAAAGGUCCAAAAUGCUUUAG